AUGUCAGCAACGCCUCGCAAGCCUGGAAUGCCCGGCAGUUCCAACAAAUCAUCACCCGCAGAUCCGCACUCAAACGACGGGCCCACCACACGAGGGCAUGCACGCUCGCCCAGCACCGCAACCAAUAGUCUCAACCGUUCUCCCUCAUUUAGAGGCUCUACUCCCGUCUCUGCGCGCGCGGCUGCAAGAAAACCUGGCCGCUCCAACCUCAGCAUGUCAAACGUUCCACGGGUCUCCAACGACCCCUCCGAAGAGGAGGCGCGGGCCCAGAAUGCCACCUUGAUUGAGGAACUGCGAGAGCAGCUUCAGAAGGCGGAAACCGCCUCCGAACAAUACCAGAAACAACUCGGUGUCCUGCAAAUGCGACUCGAUGAAGCGAUUAGCGAACAAAGUAAAUUGGAGGACCAGGCUCACGAGCGAGACAGUCAAAUCGAGACCCUCAACAAUAGUAUUCGGGAUCAGGGUCGUCAGAUUCGGGACCUGGAACAAAACCAUGAGUCCGAGCGCAAUGCGAUGCUACAGGAGAAAGAACAGCACACCAGCCGAGAGGAAGAAAUGCAGGCCACUAUUCAGCGCCUGAAAGACUCGAUGGCACAGAAGGACUUGCGCAUGAAUGCAGAAGGGGAUCGCCACCAAGUCUCCCGAUCCUCGAGUUUUCGCAACCGAUCUUCCCCGGACAUCGAUGGCCAAUUUGCGCCCUCCUCGCACAUCGAGCGAAGCCCCUCCCGGAACAACUCCACCCUUCUUCUGCAGAAAGACAAACUCAUCGAAUCACUACGCCUCGAGUUAGCUGAAUCACAGAUUAAACUCGUUGAGAUGGAGAAUGGAGGCGGAGCACAGCGGGAACUGGAGAAGGAGUUGCUUGAGGCCCGCAUGGCCAACGCCCGGUUGGUGGAGGACAAUGAAAGCUACCAACUUCUUCUCAGUGAGAAGACACUUACCGGCGACUUUACCAAGGGUGAAUUCAUGCGGGAUGCCCACCCCGGCAAAGACUCAGCGAGUGGACUGGGAUCUUUGGCAGACGAACUCGAAUCCGUGAAGGAGUCUCCCGAAACUGAUGUCGAGCACAAGCCAGAGGGAGAGGUCAAGGCCCUCAAAGAUCAGAACAAAGCCUUGACACUCUACAUUGAACGCAUUAUCAGCAGGCUCCUUAUGCACGACGGAUUCGAACAUAUUCUGGACAAGAAUGAAGAUGAUGCUUCCGACAAGCCAGCAGGAGGCCAUGACAAGGACCUACCCCCGACACCUCCAGAGAAGGAUGACGCUGCCAACUCGUCCUUCUUGCAACGAGCCAAAAGUGUGGUCGGCGGUCCAACUGCUCGACCUCAAACUCAACCUCGCUCGCGGCCAACCAGCAUGAUGCCUCCACCUGCACCCUCGCAGGUCAACCCCAAUGAGAAUCCCAACACUGCACCCAGUAUUCCAUUCCGCACCCAGUCCGUUAGAGCCAGUCACCGCCGUAGCCGCUCGGAACAAGUCGAUCAGGGCGCUGCAAGUGUUGUUGGUCAGAUGUACAGUGGGCGUAACUCGGGCGGACCUAUCAGCCCAUCUACCUUGGGCCCUGGUUCGCGCCAGAGCAUGUUCUCCAGUGCUGCAAGCUACAUCUCUAGCAUGAGCCGUGCACCAUCGAUGUCUAGUCAGCAUGAUCGGGCCGGCCGCAGCAGCUCUCCCAGCGUCACGAGUGACCCUCACGCAGAUACAGCAUCUACCGGUGCUACCUCCAGCCCUCCUCGCUCUAGUGGCGGCAUGAAUAAUUACACCGGUGCAGUGAUGCAGCAGGACAAGUUGCGUCCCCUGCGUCUCGUUAGCGAAACUGCCAGAAUCAAGGAAGAAGAAGAAGCGGCACGCAAGAAGGCUAACCGCGCGAGCUGGAUUCCGUGGCUGAACCGCACCAACCCCGAUGAACCGGCGCCGCAGUAG